AGUGUUCCUGUCCUAUAACGAUCGACUGCAAGGACAACACGCAGGGAAGCAAAACCUUUAGCGCAAAUCCUCGCGCUAAGUUUGAGCGUCGUAAUGCGAAGGGCGUCGACACCAGAGUGGACGCUUGAAAUAUGCCGUUAGAUAAUUAAAAAAACCGUUUUGUUUUUGGUUUUCUUUUGCGGUUCCAUGCUUUGCAGUUAACAUUUGACUGUUUGUGAUUACAAAACGUAAUAAAUGUUGAAAUAUUAUAUUUUUCAUCUAUAAAUAAUCUGUUUGUUCACUGAAUUAUUGCUGCAGCGAAUCCACUCAACACGAAGCAGGUUUGAUCUCCGACUGUGCAGAGGUGAUCCACCGGCCAUGACGCUGCAUUCUUCACUAGCUGUUGGCAUCUUUUUGGUGCUUUCAUCAUGUAUGUUUGGACCAAAUGCUGCCACUUCGAAUUACCAGAAGCCUAGCUUCCUGGAUAUAAACUCCUGGUGGUGGAACACCCCCCGGGGACCUCAGAUCUUCUCCUGCCUCACCUACGUGGAGAGGAAUGUUCGUGUGGACUGCGAAUUCCCCCUCGCUGACAAGAUCCCGGGGCCGUUCUGUGAGUUCAAACAGGAUGGUCGUCUCAUGGGCACUACCUAUCCCAACAACCCGGUGCACCUCAUCCCACCCGUAGAGACCCGGCGGAGGGUCAACGUCACACUGGUGCACCCCAAUAUCUGCCGUCUCACCUGGAUGCCGAUGUCAGACGACCGAGCAUACACAUACACUUGCAGGGUUUACCAAGGAAGCACCUGGAAGGAGAACAGCAUGGCCUUCAACCAAAGAAAUCUUCUGAUGUGUUCUGCUUUGAGCAUAGUAGGUCACACAGUGUCAUGGGCCCUUAUGGUUAUGAUAUCACUUUCUGUUUCUCUGGGCUUUCUGUCACUGUGACCCACAACCGGGAUUGGUGUUCAGCAGACCUCAGGCAGCUCCACCUCUGAGGUUAUGUUCAAACAAGAACCUACAGCUCCUCACAGGGGUGUAAUGACAUGUUUCAAACAGGCAGGAGUAUAUUACAACACACUGCAGCUCAACAGAUUCUUUGCCUACAUUCGCACAGUAGGUAAAAGUGACCCAAACCUGAUUUUCUGACCAAAUUCAUUAGCUUUGGUGGGCUGUUCACAAUAUUUUUUCAGUGUGACCUACAUCUGACAUGAGCUCAUGCUUGAAUUCUGACCUGCCAAAGAACAAUGCCUGAUGUAGCAGAUUCAAAAAGAGGUAAACAGUCAAAAUGGAUUCAACUGUAACAGUCACUAACCUAAAAUGAAUGGUCAUGCUAAUCUGCAGUGGAGGCUGACUGCAAAUUCAGAAUCAAAUUAUCUUUACAGUGAAGAAGAGGAAAGAGGGCCAAGACCUUAAUUAUGGGUCUAUGUGGAGUCAUGGGAGCUACUUCAACAGAGAGGAAUAACUGGAAUCAAAACAAAGCUAGGAUAUAUUGGGUUUUUUCCUUCCCAGUAGCACAUAAUUAUGACAAAUGUUGAGUUGGAUUGAUGUAAAAGUUGCAUGAAUUCUGAUCUGGUUGUUCAGACUGAGUAUAUAUAGGAUACAUAUCAGACAAAGUAUACAUAUAGGAUACGUAUUGGAUAUGUAUCAGAUUUCAGUGCCACAUAUAAAAGGGUAUGAUCACACAUCAGGUAAAAAUGGCCCAAAUCCAGUCUUUUUCUUGAUAAGUGACAGAGAUUUUUCAAAUGUCAAAGUCAAAUUUAUUUAUGUAGCACCUUGAACAACAGCCAUUGUCACAAACCAGCUUUACUGUCCAAGUCGCAAGUGAGCUAAUCAAAGGUGACAGGGGCAAGGAAUAUCUCCCUAAGAACAUGAGGCAGAAACCUUGAGAGUAACCAAGAUUUAAAGAGGGAGCCCAUCCUCCUCUGGUCAACGUUUGACACCACAACAGGAAUAAAAUCAGCAAUACAAAACACAACAAGUAGUAAGAACAAGUAAGCAACAGAAGUCUGCUCCAGGUUCUUAGAAGGCCUAGUUUGGGUUUGAUGAGUGUAAGUGCGACCGAAACCCAUCUGGCACAGGAACGAGCCUGGAACAGCUGCCCAGUCAACCCAGGGCUUUCACAUCAUUCUAGGAUGGGAGGGAAUGAGGGAGGCAGAAAAGCGGGUGGCUGGGGGAGGAAGUGGGAGGAGCCAAAGCAAUUGAAAACGUCACGGGGUGGGAGGAGCCACAGCAGCUGAGGUGGCUCAAUGCUCAAAUGCAUCCCAUUUUGAACAGCCAGAUUGGACUUCGUGAAACUUUUACAUGAAUGCAACUUGACAUUGUUAAUAAUUUUGCACUUCUGGGAAGUAAAGGUUGAUGAAAACAGUGAGGGAGGAUUUCAGUGGUGGGAUAGUGAGGUAACAGAUACCAUAAACACUGAUGUGAAGUGGCUGCCCUGACUACACAGAAACCGAUCAUUGAAAUCUUGGCUCUCUUUUGCCUCCUUGCUCUCAAGAAUGAUUUUUUCCAAAUGUACAGCAGGCCUUCACUGCAGAUUAACACAAGCAUUAACUUUAGGCUAGGGGCUGUUUCUGCUGACUCCAUUUUGAUGAUUUUCCUCUAAUUAAGCAUGACAUGAAAAAUUGUUCUUUUGCACAUGUAGGUCAAUUUACGAGUGUGAUUUGUUUAGAUUAGUAUCGUUGGAAAGACAUGUUGCUAGUCACAUUGAAAAAAAAUUGUGAACACACUAGCAACAAAAUCUAUUUGGUUAGAAAGUUGGAUUUAGGCCAGUUUUACCUGCUGUGUGAACAUAACCAAAUCGGAACUGAAAGUGUCAGAUUCAGUGUGUUUUUGGCUGUUCACGCUGCCCCACAGAUAACACCUCUAUAUCACACAUGAAGAAAAAGAUCUGGGCCACUAUUAUAUACUGUGUGAAUGUAGCCUUACUUUUGCUUUACCAUCCAUCUAUACCCCGUUUCCCAAAAGCAUCAUAGUGUUAUGAUCAUCUUAAAUAGUGUUUUAGAGUGUUCAGUAUGAUACUCGCUCUGUCAUUUAAGGAUGAUGAUUGUGUUAUGGUGCUUUUGGGAAACCCAGCCCUGUUUAGUCACUUUAAUCUCAGUCACAUAUGUAGAAUGCCCCAUAUAUAAUUCAGCACACCAUAAACACUUGCUGUGGACAAAACAUCAUACUGGCAGGUGUCUCACUUGAACAUAGAUUAAAGACUUAGCUUUGAGAAUAUUACAUCUAUAGCAUUUGACAGAUGCUCUUAUCCAGUGCCCUAAAUAUUGAUCCGUAUAACUUGGAAACCAAACCCAUGAUCUUGGUGUUGCUUCUACUAUGUGCUACCUGCUCUCUCAGGGGAGCUACAGAAGCACAUGGAAAAGCUCAAAAUGUACAUUUUCACCAACUGUCCACCAAUACACAGGCUAACACAUGCUUAUUAUAUACUAAGAAAAAGUGUAUGGUCUGGUGUCCUUAACCCUUCAGAAGUAGUUUAACACUAAGCCUGGUAUUCCUGUGAGCUGUCAUAUCAAAAUUUAAAACAACAAAAGUAACAUUUACAAAGAAUUGCCACAUAUAUUUUUUAUCUCAGACUACAGUUAACCCCAUCAUGCUUUUUUCUAGAUUUAUCUAAACCACCAGUCACAUCAGCAGUUAUAAAUUCACCACAUUGAAUAAUAUUUUUAGUUAUCUUUUGCUACAUAAAUAUUUGAAAAAAAUCAAACAAACAAACAAAAAAAGAGUGAAAACAUUUUAUGGAUGUCCUGGUAAUGCCCUGUUAAUGACUAGUGGUAGUGGUACUUGCCAUUCAUUCACAGCAGAAUGCGUUCUGAUGCUUCACAUGUGAUUCUGACUUACCUACACAAGUUUGGUUUCUCUGCUGUGCCAUUGCCGUAUCUGGUGUGACUCAGAGGACAUUCAGUUCUGAAGUACAAUCACACACCAAUACCACAGUGAGGUCAUAUUGUAUUGCAACUCUUAUGCAAAGGUAGGCCAGAAUGGCUGCAGUGUCAGACAACAUUGGCCUGAUCAAAUUCAGACAAAGAAGUCAAGGACAGUUUUGAACAAGGAGCAGAUUCAUAUUAAGUGGAAAGGAGUUAUUAUAAAAUGCAGAAUAAAGAUGAUCAGUCCAACCUAUGCCUUUAACAACAGUAGGCAGUUAUUAAUAAAUCACAAGGUGCUACAAAUUAUUAUACGCCUUUCCAUGCAUCCCAUGCAUCACUUUUCCGAAUGUGAUUUUAGUGCAUUUCACAGGAGAUGGGUUGGAAAUGAGCUUAGAAAGGCAAUGUUGGCAUAUGUGGUAUGUGGUGAGCAGCACUUAAACAUCAGCCUGAGAACACACAUUGUUCACUUAAUAUGUUUAAUAUGUCAAUAUCCAUAUACGCAGUCCCGGUCCAGAGGCACUCCCAGUGCUACUUCCAUGUGCAUUUUGGCUAUGUUGACUACUACCAGUGUGGUGUAUUUUGCAAUAAAUUGAAGGUAGGCCUGUAUCCUCACUCUGAUAUGGCUGACAUGUAUGUUUAUUUUCUGUUGCACUUCAUCCCCUUUCUCACCUGUGCAAGGAUGUAUGUAGUGAAACAGUGAGGCAAAUAAAGGAACACAGACUGUA